GCGGCGGCACCAUGUUCCUCCACUCCGUCAAUCUCUGGAACCUGGCGUUUUAUGCCCUCAUGGUCUUCAUGGCGACCCUGGGGUUGUGGGACGUCUUCUUCGGCUUUGAGGAAAACAAGUGUAGUAUGAGCUACAUGUUUGAGUAUCCGGAGUAUCAGAAAAUAGAACUUCCAAAGAAACUGGCAAAACGCUAUCCUGCAUAUGAAUUAUAUCUUUAUGGAGAAGGAUCCUAUGCUGAAGAACACAAAGUUCUCCCUUUAACGGGUAUUCCUGUUCUCUUUCUUCCCGGUAAUGCUGGAAGUUAUAAGCAAGUUCGUUCUAUUGGCUCUAUUGCACUUAGAAAAGCUGAAGACAUUGACUUCAAGUACCACUUUGACUUCUUUAGUGUGAAUUUCAAUGAAGAACUGGUGGCACUAUACGGUGGAAGUCUUCAGAAGCAGACCAAGUUUGUGCAUGAAUGCAUUAAGACAAUUCUCAAGCUCUAUAAGGGUCAAGAAUUUGCUCCAAAAAGUGUGGCGAUAAUUGGUCAUUCUAUGGGUGGCCUUGUUGCAAGAGCAUUGCUUACGUUGAAAAAUUUUAAGCAGGAUCUGAUCAAUCUUCUUAUUACACAAGCAACACCUCAUGUUGCUCCUGUGAUGCCAUUAGAUCGUUUCAUUACAGAUUUUUAUAUGACUGUAAACAACUAUUGGAUUCUGAAUGCUAGACACAUAAAUUUAACCACACUGUCUGUAGCUGGAGGAUUCCGGGAUUACCAAGUUCGUUCAGGACUGACUUUUCUACCAAAAUUAAGCCAUCAUACCAGUGCCUUAUCUGUUGUGAGUUCAGCAGUGCCUAAGACCUGGGUUUCAACAGACCACCUCUCCAUUGUAUGGUGUAAACAAUUACAAUUGACGACAAUUCGAGCAUUCUUUGAUCUUAUUGAUGCUGAUACUAAACAAAUAACUCAAAAUCCCAAGAAGAAAUUGUCAGUUUUGAAUCACCACUUCAUAAGACACCCAGCAAAACACUUUGAGGAAAAUCCAUCAAUAAUUUCUGACUUAACAGGGACAUCUAUGUGGGUUCCAGUAAAAGUGUCCAAAUGGACCUAUGUGGCUUACAAUGAAUCUGAUAAGAUAUAUUUUACAUUUCCCCUUGCAAAUCAUAGAAAAAUCUACACUCAUGUCUAUUGUCAGAGCACCAUGCUGGAUACAAAUAGCUGGAUUUUUGGCUGCAUAAACAGCACUUCUAUGUGCCGGCAAGGGGUUGAUUUAUCAUGGAAAGCUGAACUGCUGCCAACAAUUAAGUCUCUGACGUUAAGACUUCAAGACUAUCCAUCUUUGUCUCAUCUUGUUGUUUAUGUACCAUCUAUUCAUGGAAGUAAGUUUGUUGUAGAUUGUGAAUUCUUUAAAAAAGAGACAAGAUCCAUACAGCUUCCUGUAACUCAUCUUUUUUCCUUUGGGUUGUCUUCAAGGAAAGUGAUAUUAAAUACAAGUGGCCUGUUCUAUAAUAUAGAGCUUCUGAACUUUGGACAGAUAUACCAAGCUUUUAAAGUCAACGUGGUAAGCAAGUGCUCAGGAGUGAAAGAAGAAAUUACUAGUAUCUAUAAACUUCAUAUUCCCUGGUCUUAUGAAGAUUCACUAACCAUUGCACAGGUUCCAUCUUCCACAGAAAUUUCUGUGAAACUCCAUAUUGCUCAACCAGAAAAUGACAGCCAUGUAGCAUUAUUAAAAAUGUAUACAUCAUCAGACUGUCAAUAUGAGGUGACAGUUAAGACUUCCUUUUCACAAAUACUUGGACAGGUAGUUAGAUUUCAUGGUGGAGCUCUUCCUGCCUAUGUUAUAUCUAGUAUCCUUCUUGCUUAUGGAGGACAGUUAUACUCUCUUUUCUCAGCAGGUCACUGCUUAGAAUAUGCUGCUAUGUUGGAUAAAGAAGCCAAACCAUACAAAGUUGAUCCUUUUGUAAUUAUGGUUAAGUUUCUGUUGGGAUACAAAUGGUUUAAAGAAUUUUGGGAUAUGUUAUUGUUACCAGAAUUAGAUGCCAUCGUUUUAACUAGUCAGAGUAUGUGUUUCCCCCUUGUAUCUUUGAUUCUUUUUCUGUUUGGAACAUGUACUGCCUACUGGGGUGGCCUACUCUCUUCUACAUCUGUGAGACUCCUUUCUUCAUUGUGGCUGACUUUGAAAAGGCCCUCUGAACUUCCUAAAGAUAUGAAGAUAAUAUCACCAGACUUGCCCAUUUUGACAGUUGUUUUGAUCAUAGUUAGUUGGACAACUUGUGGAGCAUUUGCCAUCCUUCUUACUUAUCUUUACUAUGUGUUUAAGAUUGUUCAUCUGCAAGCCAGCUUAACAACUUUUAAAAAUAGCCAGACUGUGAACCCCAAACACUCUAGAAGAAGUGAAAAAAAAUCCAAUCACCAUAAAGACUCUACAGUAUACCAUCUCCGUUUAUCUGCCAGUGAUGCUGAAGAUAGUCUUCGCAUGCACAGUACCGUGAUUAACUUAUUAACAUGGAUUGUAUUACUCAGCAUGCCAUCUUUAAUUUAUUGGCUGAAGAAUCUUAGGUAUUACUUUAAACUUAAUCCUGAUCCGUGUAAACCUUUGGCAUUUAUCCUUAUUCCAACUAUGGCAGUUCUUGGAAAUACUUACACUGCUUCAAUAAAAUCAAGUAAAUUGUUGAAGACUACUUCACAGUUUCCACUACCUCUGGCUGUUGGUGUGAUUGCUUUUGGUGAAUACUCUAUCAAAAACAUGAAUUCUUCCCUAAAACGUGUACUUAUUGUUCCUCAGAUUAUUGAGGCUUGUAUUUGUAUAUCAAAUAAAGUUAAUUUAGUCAAUAAUAAUUUCUCAGUAGUUAAAUAUAAACUCACAUUCAUGUAUAUUUUUAAACAUUUUCUCUUUUACUUUUUCCUUCCUAAUUAUUUUUAAGGUAUCAAGAGAGAGCUGGCUUCAGAUUCUUGUGGGUUUUUCUUUUAAUGUAAAGACUGACAUUUUUACUGUGCUCAUUUAAAAUAACAUACAAUUUCUAUCAAAACAAAUUAUUCCAUUCAUAGGACAUUCAUGGUCUCGGCCAAAAGAUGCCCACAUCUCUGUGUGGCAUCUCAGAAGUUUUUUGUAUAUUUUUCAAUUUCAAUUUUGAACAUAAACUCCACACUUUUCUUUCUUCUCAUUUCACCUCCACCGCCUCCCAUCAAAGACAAAAAUAUAGGUUUCUCUAAAAGCAUGUAAAAAGAAAACAUGUCUUUCCUUAAAGCAUGGUCAAAUUGAGAUGGAAAUAGUUUGGGGAAGUGUAUGUAAUACAAUAAAUACAUGGCUGUCAACUCGCAUCAGUUUCUAUAUUAUAGUUAAAAGUUUAUAGAGGACAAACUAUGUGUUUUACUGAGACAGACUCAGUAAUCAUUUAUUUGCAAAUCAAUAAUUUUACUCUCAUCCAGAAAAUGCAGUGCAUAGUAAUUAUACUUAACAGUAAAAACAAUUUGUCCUAUAGUAUAUACUGAAAAAUGAUUGUCACCUUGCAGAUUUUUCUUUUUAAACAUGCAUGAUCUUCUCCAGUACUUUGUACAAUGUAUGGUAUACUAAAAACAUUUAUGUGUAAUUUUGUGUGUAUUUUUUAUGGUAUAAUUAACUUUAUUACAUUUAACUGGUUGUAAUGCACAAAAAAGUGCUAUUUAUUGUACUCUGUAGAGUGUUGUGAAUGUUUUUAUCUGUGUUUCAACAUUAUGGUGUAGGGUUUAAUAGAUGAAUAUUUGCCUUUAGUCUCCACUCAGGUAUUAAUGUGUAGCAAUUUUUGGUGCUUUCUUUUUUAUCUGUCAUAAUCUGGUGUUCGGAAUGUUCAACAAUAAAUUUGAUGAACAAGAA